CUGAAGAUAAAUAAUAUCAGAAUAUGGUAACUAAAAUGGCGGGAAGAAAGUUAAAAAAGAAAUUGAUGAACGUGAUAGAAUUCAUGGGCUAAUGGCUAUUUAGUGGAUUUGCAGUUUAAAAGCUGCUUUUUAAUCUUUUUCGUUAAUUUCAAUUGUCCACUUUUUCCUAAACUAACAACCUAGCACAACAUAUAAUAGAAAAAUACAAAACUUUAUUACUGGUCAUAUCUAUAUAUUUGUUCUUCUACUUUCACUUUUAGCUGAUGAAUAAAUUACUGAAAAGUGAAAAUACACAUGCUUUUACUCCUUUUCGAUUUCAUUUUCACUAGCCAUAAUAAUUCUCUAAGCAUAGUUCACUGGCGUUGAUCAAUUUUAAAAGUGACCGCUACUCUUUACGCUUAGUUUAUCUGUUGCAUCAUAUAAUUCUUGCAGACAUGUUUGAUGCAAUUUUUGGGUGGAGAAAAGCUACAAAAUGUAAGAAUUUGAUUAGAAGAGUUAAGUGCCGGAUUAAGCUGCUGAAAAACAAGAGAGGUUGCAUUGUCAAGCAGUUGAGAGAUGACUUAGGGCAGCUACUUAGACAUGGACAGUACCAAAUUGUCUUUGACAGGGUACGACGAAAUUGCCGAGGAAAAUCUGUCGAAAAUUGGCUCGUGGGAGAUGUUUCUGACAGAUUCUUCUGUGUUCACUUCUUCAUAUUUUGAACCCCUUCGUAAAAAUUCUGACGCUGCCACUUUUCCUAUGGUGUUUGAUGGAAAUGUUGAGCAGUUAUUUAUGGAUGACAAUAUGGUGGUAGUAUAUGAUUUAUUGGAGAAUUUCUGUGAAUUUAUCCUCAUUAACCUUCCAUAUAUCCGCAGACACAAAGACUGUCCAGAUGACAUCAACGAAGCAGUGUCAAGUCUUGUAUUUGCAUCAGCGAGACUAGGUGAUUUGCCCGAGCUUCCGGAGAUCAGGAAGCUCUUUGGCGAGCGUUAUGGGAAGAAAUUCAUAACAUUUGCACUUGAAUUACUUUCUGUGAAUCAUGUCAACCAACAGCUAAAAGAGAAGCUGUUCGUAAAGUCUGUUUCAAAUGAAGUGAAAUACAGAUUGGUGGAUGAAAUAGCAAGAAUUUACUUUCAACAAGGACCUUUGCUGCUUGAAUACAGAAAUGAAUCACAACAAGAACAGGUGCAUAAAACCAUUGAUGAUGCUCAAAUUGGUUACAAGAAAGAUGAAGAAAAAGGAUUGAAGAAUUCCAGCAUUGCAACAGAAGCAAAUACUCUGUCUGAUGAUUAUUUAUCAGCAAUUGAGCAACCUUCUAGAGAUUCAGUGCACUGUUUGAGGAACAACGAGCAGGAGAGAGUAUCAAAUUCUUCUCGGCCUAGUGAUUCGUCUCAAUCUACAAUUUCUAGUCCUGAGCCUAUAAUAAAAACGGAUUCUUGGAGAACCAAAGCCUUUAUUUUUGGGCAAAAGACAGAUCAAUUUGCAAAGGGGACGAUAUACUUGGAUGACGUUGAGGAGUUUGAGUCUAUUCUGAGCAAAGAUUUGAAUUUCCAAGAUCAGAGACUAUUCAUGUUCAAGGCACCUCUCUUUCCCUUAAUAUUAAAGAUGGAUACUGAUAUCAAUAUGAAUAUAUUCCCCCUUCAAAAGACGAGAUUCAUCGCUAUAAAGGAUGAAACAUUAAGGGAUCAUUCGAAAAAUUUUGAUGCUGAGACAUUGGAGAGUCAAGAAUGUUGUUCAUUUACAUUCUCAUCAUCAGCAAAGACGCUUGGACAACUUUAUUUAAGUACAAGUACUAUGCCAGCUGAAAGGUCUAAGGAUAACUUCACAGACAACUUUCUUCGGGUAAAUUCAUUUCCAGUUCAAGAACCUAAAAGCUAUGUCCAUCCUAAGCUACCGGAUUAUGAUGAAAUAGCAGCUAUGUUCAAGGCUCUCAAGAAAGAAAAGCUGCAAAACAAAUGUUAGCAGAAAAAAGUUUGUCAAUUCAUAAUAGCAUAACAAAUAAAAUGUGUGUGUGCGCCUUUCCUUUUACUUUGUUAUUCAUUAGGUUUAUGCAUUUCAUUACAUUUCCCAACUGUGAACAUUCUCCUUCAAGAAAUUCUUUUAAGUGAAAU